AUGUUUAAAGGAUUGCUUCCAAGAAUAUCGGGCAUCUCAAGUGCUCUGGUCGACAGUGCACCUCGAUUGGAGCUAAGCGCUAGGUCGUCUUCAUCAAGUUCUAGGAGCUCUUAUAAUACCACUGAAAAUAUAACCGAAACAGAUAUACCUAAUAUAUAUAGACGACACUCAUUUUCACAUCCUUACAAGGUAAAAGCGUUCGAGGAAGAAAACGAGAAACAUGAAUGCUCUGAACUAAGCAUCAAUCCAUUUGAUUCACCGAUAAUGAAGAGAAGCAAGAGCUUAUCGUUUUCCGUUAUAAAACGGCCCAGCAUAAAAGACUUUAAGAAGAAAGUCAAUAAAAGUGUUCAUUUUGAGAAUCAAGACCAAACACAGAGGAAAAACUCAAGUCCUUCAGAUUAUGCAAAUCAGUCGCAUCUGAAUGAUCAAAAUAGCUUCGAAGAAGAGAGUUCGCCACUGAAAUCAUUAACAUCAAGCUAUAGUGGUACAUCCUCAGGCUCAGAGGAGAGUAGAUCAGAUAUGAAGUUUGCUACUAUUAAGGACUACCGACUUUAUGAAACCGAAGCUCAAAAACAUUAUUCUUCGGAUUUGAAUAAUAGUUUUGAAAGCAAAACAGAAUGCUUCGGAGGAGAAAAUGAAAAUGUUACUGAAGAAGAAGUCAACGGGGAGAAUUGGCUUCAAAAAAUUGUCAAAGACCGUGGGUACUUAAAUUUGAGUCGAUCAGAUAAGGGAAAACUUUCAUUGAAGGGAUGCAACCUUAAUGAAAGCGGACAGCCCAUUAGCUCAGCACUUCCAGCCCAAGGUCAAAAGCUUACUGAAACGGAUUCAGAAAACGAGCUGAUUCGUGGUCUCAUGUCUUUUGAGCAAUAUCAAGAUCAGGAAAGAGGUAAAGAAGAAGGGAGUUCUCAUUUACAAGAAAUUAUAAAAAAUGUUGCAGACAGUUCGAAGACAAUUGAAACUAAUGAUCCUAUCAAACUGUUACCUCUUGCCAACCCGAGCCCACUUUUUGUUGAAAAGCAAGAUGAGUCGUCAAAGAAUUAUAGCUGCGAAACUGUCAUUCCCAGAGAAAACGAACCUUUCGAAAAGAACACUUCGAUAGGUUUGCUUGAAUCCACCUGUGAAAACUGUGUAAAAACAACGCCUUUAGUGAAAGUGCUAAAGAAAUAUGGAUAUGAAUUGGAAGAGAAUGAUUCCUUUGCUUGUUUUUUUGAAAAGCUUUUAAGCAAGAAAACACAAUGUAUUUCAGAAGUAAAGGUAGAGAAGUUAUUGCCAUGGGAACAUGACUUUCCGGAAGCUUCUCAAGAUAAACUUCAUAAUAAAUCAACCAUUCAAGAAAUAUGUUCUGAAAAACGAUUGAAAGAGAAAGUUAGAGACCUAAUAGAGUCAAAUAACCGCUUGAAAAAGGAAAACGACGAACUCAAAUGUAGAUUUAAGAAUCAGGAUGACGUUUGCCUCGCUUCUGAGCUCAUGGGCUGCAACUCCUCCCUCAAAGACCCCGCAAGAACCUGCACAGAACAAUCAACUUUAGAAUGUGAUUCAGCAGCCUGCGGCGAAAGUUUAGCAGCCAAUUCUACGAAUAUGGAUUCUACGGUAAAAAUACCCGCUGAGGGUAUAUAUAUACCAGAUUGCCUCAAUGAGGGUCCAGAAAAUUACGGAAAAGAACUGUUGAGUGCCGAUACUAUGAAAGGCAGCUCUACACAUUUUGCUAGAAGUAAAGAAGGCAUUUUAGACGGGGGAGAAAAUCAUGAAUAUAAAGGAGCAGAAUUAAGUGUUCUAUUAGGAAACCAAAAUUUAUUAAGUCAAGUAUCAAGUAGUAUUGAAACAUUACAGCGAAGAUUUGAAAAUGAUUUUAAAGAAAAAGAGUCACAGCUCUCGGCCGUUACUUUUGAGCUUCAAGAACAAAAGUCAGUGGUUGUAGACCUUAAGAAUCAGGUUUUAGAGCUAAAUGCAAUCAUGAAGCUGGAACAAUCUCUAAACUUGGAAAAUACUUCUGCUGCUAAAAAAGAAAUUAACCAAUUGAGAUCAAUUGCUGAAAAAUUAGAACAGAAGAACAUGUAUUUAAGUCAACAAAAUGACGAAACUUCAUUGUCUUUAAAAACUUUACAGUUACAAGCAACCAAAUUGUAUUCACUGAACCUAGAUUUAGAGAAGGAAUUAGCGACCUUAAAAAAGUCCAAUGCAGUUCUAAAUGAUUCCUUAAAGCAGUUUUUUAAUACUAGCUUUGAAUGUCUUCUGCCGUUAGUCUAUGAAGAGUCUUCCAAGGAUUUCAGAAACUUAUACUCCGAAUUUUCAAAAAGGGAUCUAGUGAGUGAGAAUGACUUAGCUCUCAUUGGCAAAUUAAUUUUUUUCAUUGUUAGGUCAAUUUCAGAUUUAGUAAAUCAGUACUUGGUGAAUGAAGAGCUAUUAGAAUCAGAAAUUGAGAGGAGGAACAAUAACUAUCAAGUAAUGUUGGAAAAGCUAACAAUUCUAAUGGAAAAAAAAAUUUCAAAUAUGAGUUCUGUAAACAGAGGUCAUUCAAGAAAAAUGAAAAGUCAAAAUGAGCAUGAAAACUUUAAAUACAACAAACCGUUAGCUAACGUAUUCUUAAACUAA